AUUGUUCAGUGAUGUUUCUUUGGAUUCCCUGUCAACAUACCAAAGAUGAAAUGUCAACUACAGUGUAAAUUGUUUAGGCUGGGUUGUGUGUAUAGUUCAAUUAUUGUGGUGUCAUUAUACUGGCAGCCCUCGUAUUUUGAUCGUGUUGAUCACUGUAGUAGUGGUGAAGUAUAUCAGCUGGAAAGCAAGUUUCUAAUGUGUACAUAGCUGCCAACACAGCAUCUGUCUGGAGCUAUCUCAUCAAGGUUCUUGUGUGAAGAUGAGCACUCAACGGGGAAAUACACAGAGAACCAGGCCACAGGCACACCAAAAUACGAAAGCAUUUAAAAAUGACCUACAUGAUACCUCUUCUCAGACAAAGCUUAUAAAUAAUAUUGAUCUGUCUGGUGUGUGUGAAAGAUGCAAGAGCAUCUUGGAAUGGAAAAUUAAAUACAAAAAAUACAAGCCCCUAAAGGCUCCAAAAAAGUGUGUGAAAUGUGAACAGAAAAGUGUAAAAAAGGCUUACCAUACAGUCUGUUUCCCUUGUGCCAAAUUACUGAAUGUAUGCCCAAAAUGUGGUAAAAAUGAGAAAGUUAUUGAAAAACUCAUUUCUAUUGAAGAACAACUGAAAAAGGAUGCUGAACUCCAGAGACAAAUAAAGCUGCUGUCAUUGCGAAGACGACGAACACUUCUACGUUACAUUGCUAGCCUUACCAAGGGUACAAAUUCAGGCUUUGCUGUGGGAGAAGAUGAAAUGAGGAAACUGCAGGAAGAAGUUACAAAAAAACUGGAAUCACUGAAAAUAAACAAAGAUGAUGUUCUGGAUGACUUAUUAGAUGAUCUUACUGAUGAAAGUGAUGAUGAUUGAUUACUCUAUCUCAAAGAUUUUACCAAAGAAUAUAACUUAUUUCAGUAAUAUCCUUCAUAUAUUCCCGAAACAUGUAGAGUACAUAAUGUGUUUUCUUGCUAGUAGUGCAUGUGCAGCUUUAGAAUACGCUUCAGAAGGAACAAACCUAUUUUUACUCUUUUCUCUUACAUAGAGUAGAUAUAGCAUAGCUGUUUCUUAUACUAUACUUUCAUGUUAACUGGAAAUAAAUAUAUUUGUCCCAAAGUUA